AAAAAACAGUGCACGUCGCGCCGUCGGAGGUCAAAGUCCAGACGUCAUUAAUUUGCAACUCUGGAAAGUCCGGUUACCGGCGUUUCGAGAUUUUCUGUUUUCUGUUGGCCAGUUAGCUGAAAUCAGUCCAAUAAUUCAGGAUGUCUGAAAUAAGUCCCGCGAAGAACUUUCUUGCCGGAGGCUUUGGUGGAGUGUGCCUUGUGGUGGCUGGUCAUCCACUCGAUACGAUCAAGGUCAGGCUCCAGACCCAGCCCACCCCGGCACCAGGCGCUGCUCCACUUUACGCAGGAACAUGGGACUGUGCCAAGAAAACCGUCACUAAAGAGGGAUUCUUUGGUUUAUACAAGGGCAUGUUUGCACCCAUCUUGGGAGUGACUCCUAUGUAUGCCACUUGUUUCCUUGGCUUCAGCAUCGGUAAGAAACUCCAGACUCCAGAUAAAGAUGGGAUUUAUAGAUUUGACCAGCUGUUCAAAGCUGGAAUGCUGGCUGGUGUAUUCACGACAACCAUCAUGGCCCCAGGAGAACGCAUCAAAUGUCUCCUACAGAUUCAAGCUGCAUCAGCCGGUAAGGCCAAGUACGCAGGUCCACUAGACUGCGCUAAGCAGAUAUACAGGGAGUCGGGUCUAUUCAGGGGAUUGUACAAAGGAACUGCUGCGACACUGCUAAGAGAUGUACCAGCUAGUGGCAUGUAUUUCAUGGUGUAUGAAUGGCUGAAAAUAUCAAUCACACCAGCUGAUAAAAACCCAGGGGAUCUGAGCCCACUUCGUGUCCUUUUUGCGGGUGGCAUGGCCGGAGUUCUCAAUUGGGUUGUUGCCAUCGCGCCCGACACUCUCAAGUCCAGGUUACAGACAGCCCCUGAAGGGACAUACCCUCGCGGCAUCCGUGACGUAUUCCCAAGGCUCAUCAAGAACGAAGGAUUCUUCGCGCUAUUCAAGGGCAUCACGCCUGUCAUGAUUCGGGCAUUCCCAGCAAAUGCGGCUUGUUUCCUCGGCUACGAACUUGCCAUGAAGUUCUUGAACUGGGCAACUCCUAGUCUAUAACCCUGCAGCUGUCGCGGUGGUAAGUAAACGACUGGUAGCAGCUGUUCAGUCACCACCAAAGGAUGCUAGGCGCGGGUAUUACAAAUUCAUUUAAUUAUUCCGUGUUAGAAUUAUCGGGACA